AUGGGAAAUCCGGCAGAGGAAUGGGAGAAACCCGAUAGCAAGGGCCUUGCCUUCGAACAAAAUGCUCUUUACCAUGCUUAUGCUUCCAAGAGUCCAGAAUGGCAUCGAGAUAUGACCAAGCGUCUACUUCACAAGGUUGACUGGCACCUUUUACCCUUCCUUAUUCUCAUGUAUUUGUUAAACUUUCUGGACAGAAACAAUUUAUCACAGGCUCGCCUAGGUACACUUGAAGAAGACCUCGACAUGGAAGGCACCGAUUACAAUCUUGCCACAAGUAUCUUAUUCAUCGGCUAUCUACUGAUGCAACUUCCAUCCAAUCUACUCCUAACCCGUGUUCGGCCUUCGCUGUUUCUGGGUAUUGCAAUGGCUAUCUGGGGUGUGAUUUCCGCUUGCCAGGCAGCGGUUCAGUCAUUUUCCGGACUCAUUGCGACGCGGUUCUUCCUCGGAUUUGUCGAGGCGCCUUUUUUCCCAGGUGCCGUCAUGUUAAUGUCGAGCUGGUAUACACGACAGGAGUUGAGUCAUCGUAUUGCAUGGUUCUAUGCUGGCAGCUCGUUAGCCAAUGCUUUCGGUGGUCUUAUCGGGGCAGGUGUGCUAGGUAAUCUUGAUGGCGCGCAUGGCAUCGCCGGAUGGAGAUGGCUAUUCAUCAUCGAGGGAUGUAUCACAGUGGGAAUAUCCCUGCUCGCAGCUAUCUUUCUUCCAAAUUAUCCAGCUUCGACUCCCUGGUUAGACGAACAAGAACAAGCAUAUGCGCAGUGGCGCCUAAUGCAUGAUGCAGGAGAAGCUGAUGAGGUUAGCUCAACUAGUAUCAAAGACGCCCUAGGUCUGGUAUUUGCGGACAAGCGUAUCUACCUUUUCAUCUUGCUUCAGCAUGUCUCGCUCCUGUCGCAAAACUUCCAAUACUUCUUCCCGACUAUUGUGCAGACCCUCGGAUAUGGGAAAGUCGAAACCCUUCUGAUCACCGCGCCUGUAUGGAUUGCUACGUUCUUUGUCUCGCUGCUGGUGACAUGGUCAUCUGGUAAAACCAACGAUCGCAGCCUACAUAUCAUCUGCUUGAUGAUGGUCAGCAUGGUAGGAGGUGUGAUUGCCACUGCUACCACUAACCUUGGCGCCAAAUUCUUCGCCAUGUUCCUGAUGCCCAUGGGAGCUGUGUCUGCAUAUCAAAUCAUCAUCGCCUGGGUUGCCAAUUCCUUCCCCCGGCCGCUGGUUAAACGCUCUGCGGCAAUCGCUAUUGCAAAUAUGAUUGGAAAUACCGCUUCUAUCUAUGGUAGUUACAUGUGGCCAUCAUCUUCGGGACCUCGAUACAUUCCAGGAGGAAGCGCGACCGCUGCGAUAGCACUCUUUGUGGCGUUGGUCGCUCUAGUCAUUCGCCUGGUGCAUAUUCGCAUGAACAAAAGGCUGGAUGAGACUGAGUCAUCACGAGAUAUUAUUUCGUCCAAUACAAACGAUCUAGAAACCCGGGCUGUUGGGUUCCGGUAUAUUCUAUGA